GGAAGGCUCCCUUUCCCUUCUUGGCCCGCCUCCCGCCUCCGGUCUGACAUGAGAAACGGCCUCUUGCAUCUCGCUUUCCAACCUGGGAGCAAUCGAAGGGCUGCGGCAGACACAAAGGCUGCAAGGCGCUGGAGCUGGAUUCGGAAACCAAAAUGGAGGAACAGGAGCCUGCAGGACCCGAACCACGGGAGACUUUGGAGGGGGGAGCCCGAGACCUUCAUGUCGUUCAGGUCGGGGCCACCGGGGAGUUGAUGGAAGGGGCCACACCUCAGCAGUUUAAACGGGAGCCGGAGGACCAUUGUUGGGAGUCCCAGUUGCAGGACUUCUUGAAGGCAAUGCAGCCCUCCCGUUCGGGAUGGAGGAACCCCCAACCACCUCAGUAUUCACUAGCAGAAGACACCAAGUAUUUCCAGACCUCCUUCAAGGGAGGGGCUGAAGGUGGCCGGUGGCCUAAGGUCGAGUGCAUGGACCAGAGCCCACCGGGCCUCAGUGGAGACAACAGCAAGGCCUACGAGAGCAGCCAAGAGUCACCGGUGAAAGUGAAGGAGGAGGUUCUGGAUGAGGAUCUGGUCAAUGUCGAGAUGAGACGGCAGCGCUUCCGCCUCUUCUGCUAUGAGGAGGCCGAGGGGCCCCGAGAUGUUUGCAACAAGCUCUGGGAACUUUGCCACCAGUGGCUGCGGCCGGAGACUCACAGCAAGGAGCAGAUCCUGGAAUUCCUGAUCUUGGAGCAGUUUCUGACUGUCCUGCCUCCGGAAAUGCAGAGCUGGGUGAAGGACCAGGGCCCCGAGACUUGCACCCGAGCCGUAGCCCUGGCAGAGCGGUACCUGCAAGAGUCUGAGGAACCCGAACAUAAGCUGUCAGGCUCCUUGGAGAAGCCAUUUAACUCUCCCAUGUCAGAUCAUUCGCCAGCUGCUGUCCUGAAGAUGCAGCUCCCCUUGGAGGAGAAACAGGAGGAUGACUGGGAGGCCACCUUGUCUGGCAACGAGCAAGUGCAAGAUGACGACGAAGAGGAGUCAUCCUUUCAGGCCGAUCGGCCUGAUCAAGUGGGUAUUGGUGGGGCAUCGCUGGAAAGAGCCAAAGGGAAAGGUUUCCAGGGCCUUGAGAUGGACGGGAAGACUGAAAGUCGCCAGGGGCCAGAAGUUCACCAGGAAAGCCCUCCUGGGAAGGCCGCCAAGCUUCCUGAGGAAGGCGAGAGGGGCUUACGGGAAGGUUCCUCCCAGGAGGGAACCCACAGGCACGCUGACUCGGGGGAAAGCUCCUGCCAGAGCUUUGGCCAUCAGGAAAUGCAGCCAAUUGAAAAGCCCCACAAAUGCUCCUUUUGUGGGGCAAGCUUCUACGAGAGAACCCACCUGGUGAUCCAUGAGAGGAUCCACACCGGGGAGAAGCCCUACAAGUGCUCGGUGUGCGAGACCUGGUUCUCGCACCCCUCUGAGCUCAUGAGGCACGAGGAAACCCACAUGCCCGAGAAGCCUCACAAAUGCGCGGUCUGCGGGAAGAGCUUCAACCAGAAAGCCUCCCUGAUCACCCACGAGAGGACCCACACGGGGGAGAAGCCAUACGAGUGCUCCGAGUGCGGGAAGAGCUUCAGCACCAGCUCCCAGCUCAUCACGCACAAGAGGGUCCACACAGGGGAGAAGCCCUACAGCUGCUCGUACUGCGGCAAGAACUUUAACCAGAAAGCCUCCCUCAUCACACACAAGAGGACCCACACGGGAGAGAAGCCCUACGAGUGCACGCUGUGCGGGAAGAGCUUCAGCGCUUGCUCGCAAAUCAUCAAUCACAUCCGGGUGCACACCGGAGAGAAGCCCUACGAGUGCUUGGAGUGCGGGAAGCGCUUUGGGAGCAGCUCCCACCUCACCGACCACAAGAGGACCCACACGGGCGAGAAGCCGUACAAGUGCCCCGACUGUGGCAAGAACUUCAGCCGGAGCUCCAACCUGACGGCGCACAGCCGGAUCCACACGGGAGAGAAGCCAUAUAUAUGCUCAGGGUGCGGCAAGAGCUUCCGGCAGAAAGCGUCCCUCAUCACACACAAGAGAACCCACACGGGAGAGAAGCCUUUCGAGUGCUCUGAGUGCGGCAAGAGCUUCAUCUCGAGCUCUCGCCUCGUCAGCCAUAAGCGGGUACACACGGGGGAGAAGCCCUACGAGUGCUUGGAGUGCGGGAAGUGCUUCAUUUCCAGCUCCCACCUCCUAAGUCACAAGAGGGUCCACACGGGAGAGGAGCCAUAUAAAUGCGCAUAAGAGUGGGAGAGGCUUUGGUCAUUAGGCUGGCCCUCCUGAUGGGGCCACUUCACCCAUCGCCCCGGCCAGGAAUCUUGUAAAUCAGGGAUGGCCUUAGCUUCUGUAAUAUCGAGGGCCGUUUUUAUUCUCCACACAUAACAUUAAGGCGCGGAAUCUCUCUUACAGUUUAAAAAGAAGACACGUAUAUUUUUCUCUCCAUAGGUAUAAAUUUCCUCCAAAGGCUGGUCAUCCAUCCUGGCUGUUAAGGCUUGCUGAUGUGAUGGGCAUCAACAUGGCUAGGCCUGUGGUUUGUGCAGAUCUCCCAGCCUCCCAGCCCAUGAGGAGUGUUCAAGUGUGGCACAUGUGCAUGCUGCAUUCCCCACCUCCAUCCCCCAUACAUAAGGGGAGAUGUGCACAUUCGGCUAGAAGGACCCGUGGUCUGACUUGGCACAAAGGCAGCUUUGUUCUUAUGGUGCCUGCCUCCUGCCUGUGAUUCCCAGCUAGGAAACUCUGCGGACCAUCCCUGAGGUCAAGGGACGGGCCGUGGCUCACUAGCAGUACACAAGCUAUGCAUGCACAAGGUUCCAGACUCAGUCCCCACAGCCUCCAGCUAGGGCUGAGAGAAUCCUGUGCCUGGAACCAUAGAGAGCUGCUCACAGUCAGUGUAGAAAGUUCUGAGCCACAGGGACCUGCAGGUUGACCAUAUAAGGUAACUUCCUGUGUUCUGAUGACUCGCUUUGGGUCAGGGAUGGGGCCCUCUGGAUGUUGCUGAACUGCAACUCCCAUCAGCCUUCUCUGCUGGCCAUGUCAGCCAGAGCCAAUGGCUGUUGGGAGUCAACAACAUCUGGAAGUUCCCUGUCCCUGCCGCAGAGAAUAGCCAAGGUGGAGGGUGGGCAUGGAGAUGAGCAAUUCAGAAAUUAGAAGCUCUUCCAAGGCAGUGUCUCUCAAGGCAGCUUUCCAUUAUGGAAACCUGUCCAGAGCAACUCGUCCACUGAAGUAGCCCUGAGCGGUCGCCACCACAAAAUGGGAGCGUGUUGCAGAGGAUUCUGGGAAAUUUAUCAUGACAUACACCCACCCACACAUAGUUUGCAUGGAAACACCUGCCUGGGCCUCUUGGGCCUCUAAAUUUGUCCCCACCUUGACGCCCAACGGUGUCUUUCAAUACAUCCAACCCACUCUUAUAGAUGACCAUUUCAUUGGUUUUGAGAACAUUGGUUGCAUUGUGGUGGCCUUGCUUUCCUUUCAGAGGACAGCUUGUCCUCCAUUUCCUUUCUUCCCUUCUGAGAAAUUGCCAAGCUUUCCCAUUCGCACCCCAGGAUGUAGUUUGAAAACACUUCUAAUAACUCUGUCCUCCUUCCCUCGUCAUUGGAAAGCUGACAGGGUGUAGAUUUGUAGAAGCAAAAGUAUUUUAUGGGAUGGCAGGAGACCUGUAUAACUGUUAUUCUCCUCUGCCACCCAACCACUGCGCCACAAGUUUCUUGCAGGCAAACGAUCCUCUGCUGCAAAUUCAUCCAGUCCCACUGUGUUUUACCACCUCUAGCCUGUGACGUGUGGCCCUAUUUUUGUCCCCCCGCCCCGAGUGAAUCUAGGGCAAGCUCACCUCUGCCCUUCAUUUUUUUUGCCUGGGUGGGUGGGGAUAUUUGCAUGCAUGCUGCACUGACCUCCUCUGAGGAGGGCCUGACCAAAUAGUCAGGGCCAUGAACUAAGCAUAUGUUGCAGGUAGAGCACCGCAAAUGGUCCCCUCCCCGCCCAGAAAUUGGACAUAAAGCACUAGACGGAUCAUCCUUUAACUGCUUUCAAGGUCACAGCGGAAGUGCCUGCUCCCAGUCUUAACAUGGAAUCAUAGAAUUGUAGAGUUGGAAGGGACCCCAAGGGUCAUCUAGUCCAACCCCCUGCAAUGCAGGAAUGUUGAGCUCUUGCUGCUCACUUGCUUGACCUGACUAAUUCAAGCCUCUUUCCAGACCCAUUGUAUUAAUCAGCUAAGGGAAUCUAUAGUUUCAUAGAGCAAGGGUGGGUAACCUCAGCCCCUGGGGUCCAGAAUGCGGCCUUCCAGACCCAUUUGCCACUAGUUUGAAGUUCGUGGGAGGCUGUCCAUGAGGGACUGUGGCCUCUGGCUGAGAAAGUUUCC